CUUAUCCCUAGAAUAAAAAGAUAAAGGACACAUACAACGGUACACAAAAAACUACUAUCAGUUAAAUAAAAAAAUAAAUAACAUAAUUUAGACCCAGGAAAAUUAGUGAAAUAACAAUAUCAGCGAAAACCGACUUAUGAAUCCCUAAAAAGCCGGUAAAAACAAAAAAAGCUUGGCAGAACUAAAGGACACAUUCAACGGAACACCCACCCCGACUACUAUAAAUUCAAUAAAACAAUACAAUUAGUGAAAGACUAAUAUCAGUUCAUAUUGACUUUUGGUGUUUGUGUGUAAAUAGCGUGAACAACAGCAACAACAAAAAGACUAACCACAACAAAUUGUAAAUAUGUCUUUACAAUCGAUUAAAUACUCAGCCGGUAAAUUGGAAAUAUUGGAUCAGCUAUUACUUCCGGUACAAUCGAAAUAUGUAGCUGUGAAAGGCGUUGAGGAUGGUUGGAAAGUUAUAAAUAAAAUGCAGGUCCGCGGUGCACCAGCCAUUGCCAUUGUUGGUUGCCUAUCAUUGGCAGUUGAAAUUUUUCCAGAAACAUAUGAAUCAAAGAAAACCCUGCGGCAGGAAAUUGAGGGAAAGCUCAAUUAUCUGGUUUCCGCCAGACCAACGGCAGUGAAUAUGAAAAUUGCAGCUGAUGAAUUGAUUUCAUUGGCAAAUGAAUUGACAAAAGAUGAGAGUGUCAACGUCGAAGAGAUGAAACAAAAAUUCCUUGAUAUCACUGAAGCGAUGCUGCAAAAGGAUAUAUCAGACAAUAAAGCCAUUGGAGCGAAUGGCGCUAAGGCUGUGUUAGAAAGUGCCGCCAAAGAUGGCCCUGUCCGAGUAUUAACACACUGCAAUACUGGAUCAUUGGCUACAGCUGGUUAUGGCACAGCGCUGGGUGUUGUUAGAAAAUUACAUGAACUAAAAAAAUUGGAACAUGUAUACUGUACCGAAACGCGGCCGUAUAACCAAGGGGCACGUUUAACAGCCUAUGAACUUGUCCAUGAUAAACUUCCAGCCACCUUGGUUUUGGACAGUAUGGUGGCAGCCUUGUUACGUGCCAAAAAUGUGGCAGCUGUGGUGGUGGGAGCCGAUCGGGUUGCUGCUAACGGCGAUACAGCAAACAAAAUUGGCACCUAUCAAAUAGCCGUUGUUGCCAAACAUCAUGGUGUACCAUUUUUUGUUGCCGCUCCCCUUACUUCAAUAGAUUUGCAAAUACCCAGUGGUGAUCAUAUUAUCAUUGAAGAACGACCCGAUCGUGAAAUGACCCAUGUCGGUGAACAUAGAAUAGCAGCACCUGGCAUUAAUUGUUGGAAUCCUGCCUUCGAUGUUACGCCUGCAUCCCUAAUUACUGGCAUCAUCACUGAACGCGGCGUCUUUAAACCGCAACAAUUAAAAGAAGAAAUUAGUGCUUUAUUAGAUUUGUAAUUAAGUGUUAAGUUCAACAAAAUACUACAAAAUUGUUCCCCCUAAUAUAUACAAUUAAGAAAAAGUUUAGAUGCUUCCUUGAUCGAAAAAAGAAACCAAUCCAUUAUUUGCAAAACAUAAAAUAAUAUACAAUAAUUAAUAUAAAUUACAGUUUUAUAGCACCAUUUUUUAUAUACAUACAUAAAUACACAUUAACCAUUUUAGUUGUGAUAUUGUUAAUCAAUACUUGUACUUUAUUUUGCUAAAAAUAAAUAUUGCUCAACAUUUUUAAUACAUAUGAAUAUAUAUGAGCUAAGACAAA